GUGAGUGCGCCUCUCUCUCAGCAGCAUGGGUAUUGAUCUCGUGGCCGGUGGCCGCCGUGUCGGGCACAAGGUCCGCACGUCGCCCAAGUCGGACAAUGUGUACCUCGGACUGCUGGUGAAGCUGUUCAGGUUCCUUGCCCGGAGGACGGACAGCGCCUUCGCUAACGUCGUUCUCAAGCGUCUGUACAUGUCCAAGACCAACCGUGCACCCCUGUCCCUCUCUCGCCUGGCGCGGUACAUGAGGAACAAGGAGACCAGCACGGCGGUACUUGUGGGAACCGUUACGGACGAUGUCCGUCUCCUCGAGGUGCCCAAGCUGUCCGUGUGCGCUCUCAGGUUCACCGAGACCGCCCGCGCCCGUAUCCUCGCUGCUGGCGGAGAGUGCAUCACCUUCGAUCAACUGGCGCUCCGCGCCCCCAAGGGCACCAACACCGUGCUCCUGCGCGGCCCGAAGAACGCCCGCGAGGCUGUGAGGCACUUCGGCCACAGGACCACCGUCAACAACUUGCACACCCACGACUCCGUCAAGCCGUACAUCCGGUCCAAGGGCCGCAAGUUCGAGAAGGCCCGUGGUCGCCGCAGGUCCAACGGAUUCAAGAUCUAAUUUUCCUACCUUUGGCAAGUGGAAGGCGUCACUGCGGUUCUCCGCAUCCGUUGCAUGGCGUGCUGCAUGGUGUUGAGGCUCACGAGGCGCCUGGACUGGAGGGAGGGGGGGGGAAGGAUUUGAUGGGGGUUUUCGAACGUUGUUCUUGAGACUCCUGUCUUGCCUCUCGGCUGGCUAUAAAAUCAAACGCAUGCUUGGCGUGAUUAUACAUUGGAAAGGGUAACUCGCAUCAGUUGACACGCUCACCAGCGUCAACAGCAGCGGGUGUGAGUAGCCUGAACGCGGGCGUCUAGGCUGCUCUCAGCGCCGUUUUGCCUUAUUUCCACACAAGACACGACGUGCAGUCUACCAUCAACUCCAGAGCUGUCGUUGCACUCAUGCUGCCCGGGAACCCAUGCUUGAACUCAGAACGUGCACACGGAUUGCAGGCACAUGGAGCGAGCCGUGGUUGCCCGUGUGAUCUUGUCUUCUACAUACCAGCCGAAGUCGUCACAUUUGACCCAACCCGCUCGGCGUCUGUGAUUUCUUGCAUAUUCAGCCGAGAAAAACAACGUAGUUUGCUUUCGGCCGCCCCGUGUCACGGCUGUGUGGAACGUACUGGUCUGGAGACGACGAUCUCGGCACCAUUCGAUUUUCAGAGAAAAAUCACCUGGAUUACCCGCCUCUUCGUAGUGCACCUACCAUACUCGACGAAGGAGUUGGGGAAAGCGGACCCAGGGAGGUCAGGUGUAAGAAGGACGGACGUGCGGACGACCUAUUCUCAAGCUUGGUAGAGCUUUUGGGUCUCUCACCCAUACGUGAUUUUUUCUGUCCCGAGGAUGGAUGCCCAAUUUUUGCACCUCUUC